UCUUGAAUAUACUGUCUGGCAACACGAAUUUCGACACGUAACCAAUAUAAAGUCUUCCAAUACUAUUGAUAAAGUAUAAUUACUCCGCACUCAAUUUCUCGACCAGAGAUUUAUCUUUGAAGCAAUAUUCGUAAUCAUGCACGAAAAUUGUCAGAAAAAUUUCAAUCGCCAUUUCAAGAUUGUGUACACUUUGAUUUUCUUACAACUUGCUGCUCUUGGUAUUUUACUUUAUUCUUUUUAUAUCCGGCAUUAUCACGAAGUGGACUUACAACAGACAGGCAAAUUGUCCGGAAAGAAAUUAGAAUGUUACUUCGAUAACAAUGUCCACUCGGGUAUUGAUAUUAAAUGUCCGACUGGUGAAAAUGUCAGAACAAAUGAUUUUCGGACACUUUCCGUUGCAGUGAAUGCCUUAUGCCAAAAUAAUUGUGAAAAAUUACCAGCUUUCAUUACACGAGAAAUUCGAUAUUAUAAACAAGAAGUCUGGAAAUUAAAAGAGAAAUUAACGAAAUUAGAGAAAAUCCGAGAACAGAAAUUCAGAAAAAGACGUAGUUUGAACGAAAGCCAAGAAGAAUGCGAAAUCUUGGUUGAGGAACAAUGGAGAGAAGAACACGGUACACACCAAACAACCGGAAAUUACUGCAUCAAACUAUCAUCUCUUGAGACGUUCGUCCGAAAAACUAUUGGUUUAGUUCAUGAAAAUAGUCCAGGACACGGAGUUUUAGUUGGAGAAAAAGGACAAAAAGGUGAAUCUGGACUGAAAGGAAAUAAAGGAGAUAAAGGUGAGAGAGGAAAUCAAGAAAUCCCGGGAAAAGAAGGCAUUGGAGGAGAAAAAGGAACUGAAGGAAUACCCGGAAAACAAGGCGAACAAGGUCCAAUUGGGCCACCGGGAAUUUCAGGUCAAACGGCAAAGGGAAACGAUGGCAUUAAAGGUGAAAAAGGAGAACCAGGAUUUCCAGGAAUUCCAGGUCUAAAGGGACGAAAGGGAGACGAUGGAACACCUGGUAUUAAAGGUGAAAGAGAAAAACAAGGACUUCCAGGUUUUCCUGGAAUUGCUGGUAUACCAGGUUUAAACGGAGAUGAUGGAAUACCUGAAAUUAAAGAUAAUGUAUACAAUGAUGAUUCGGAAAAGCUAGUAGAAAUCAACAAAGGAAUAGUUGGGCUGACAGAUCCAGUUCAUAGGAAUUUAAGAAAAAGAUAUAUUAGAAAAAUAAAUGGAUCAAUAAAAAAGUAACAACAAGAUUAGCUAAGGACUACUUUUCAGCAUCAUUCUUUGGGACUAAAUAGAGGUUCCGACAAAGAUCAAAAAGGCUUUGAAAGAAGGCAAAACUUUGUCUUGGAAAAUUCAAAUUCUUGGGAAACCUCGAUUCAAGAAAUCGAAAGAAAGAUCGCUGGGAUCCAUUCAUUAGAAAAAGAAUACCUCAGAUGGAAAACAGUCGUUAAAGGCCAUGAGGUUAUAGGAAAGGAAACAGCACAAACAUGGACAUUAAACUUACAAAACAUUGGCUAAAAUAAAACGAUUUGGUUGCAACAAGGGCAGACAAAAGCAAGACGUUGGCUAACAUCAGAAGACAGACUUAUAACAUAUUUAGCUUUGGAGGAUUACAUUUAUAAAAAGAGAGUGCGAACGGGUUGAUACAAAAACUAUCGAGAACAUCGAUAAAAGAGUGAAGAAACUUAAAAGUACAAGACUCAUUAUUUACUGUGUUACCUUACCUUAGAAGUUGUCAGGACUCCAAGGCCUGGAAUUCCUAGGUUAUUUGCGUUUGCCAAAACCCACAAGGAAGGUAAAGAUCUAAAUCUUACAGUAGAAAAGUGAGGACCAAAUUUUAUCUUGUAAAAACGGUUAUAUAAAUUUUUCACCUCUCAGCUCGAGAACAGUCCAUUGGUGGCACAGUAUCCCGGAGUUGUGGUUAAAGAGACACAAAAUCUAAUGUUAAUUUACGAUGAGAUAAGGACCGAAUUAAACUAUAAAAGCUUAUAUUCUAUUAAAACGAAUCCUGCAUGGAAGUAUUUUUAAAAUUUAUGCUCAGCAAGAAUUCGGAUUUUCUUCAUUACAAUGAGGUGAUAGAGCUGGCUAGUCUGGUAUGUUAUGAAUCAUGUUACACUUUUAAUGUCUAGCCAUACAAGCAAAAAGGAGAAGUCCCAAUGGAAAGUCCGGUCUCAAGAAUAUUAUGUGAACUGGUGGUUAAAAAAAAAACAAAAAGAAAGUGUUUGUGAU